CUCCACUUAUCCCCAACUGUCAGUGACUCCCGUCUCGGCCCAAAACUCAGCACCGAAAUCUUGCCUCGCCUUACACCUCGCCCCUUCCCCUCGCCGGCGGCCACCCACCCGCCGGAGAUGGGCGCCACCGCGAAGCCCCUUCCGUUCGUCUGCUUCAAAUGGCCAUGGAGCUCUAACCCUAACCCGUCGCCGAGCCCCAGCCCCUGCGGCGACCUCGAGCUCCCCUGGCUCUUCAAGUCCGUCCGCACCCUCGCGCAGGGCCUCCUCAUCGCCGGCGACCUCCCCUCCCCCGCCUCUGUCCGCGGCGGAGGAGGAAGGGGACGGCAGAGGAACACCGGCGCCGCGGCGGUGGAGGCGGACCGCGGGGACGCGGAGCAGCGGGCCCUGGCGGCGGCGCUGGCGAGCGGGAGGCCCGCGACGGUGCUGGAGUUCUACUCGCCGCGGUGUCGCUUGUGCGCGUCGCUGCAGGGAAUCGUGCAGGAGAUCGAGGAAGGCUCCGGUGGUUCGGCCAGCUUCGUGCUUGCCGACGCCGAGGACGACCGGUGGCUCCCCGAGCUCCUGCAUUAUGAUAUCAGAUAUGUCCCUUGCUUUGUGCUUCUGGACAAGCAUGGCAGAGCUUUAGCGAAGACUGGAGUACCAACCAGCAGGCAGCAUGUUAUCUCCGGUCUCCAUCACCUCCUGAAGAUGGAGCACCCAUCUCGGCAUGAAGGAAACUAGAGCGCGCCUCCAUCAUCGUGAUGCCAGAUCCUUGAGCAAGAUAAUUUCACAAAGCACAUUUUGUUUAGCAAGCAUGAAAAUGAGCAACGUUGAUACUUCAAUUCUUUAGCGGAUUGAUAGUAUUUGUUUAGUUUUUCUAGGUGUAAAAGCAGUGUAUAUUUUCCUUUUGUUGGGUUGUAGCGACGGAAUCAGGCUUAAAAAUAGUCUACCCGUUUCUCUUUCGCAGUAAAAAUUAUCGAUUGUUCAUGUAA